GGAUGUGUAAAUGUCAGUUUUUUGCAGAACCUUCACUGCAAAUUGACGUCUUAAUUUUCAUGCGAAAGAAAAACGCAUUUUAACACGAUAAAUCCACAAGGAAAGUGACCAAAAAACAUCUUGAGACGUCUAUUCGCUCUCCCUCUCAACUCAUAAACUGAUGUGCCACUGAUUUUGUUUUCCAUCUCCAUCCAUCGCGCGGGAAUUCCCUUCGUAGUCAGGAAAGCAGCAGCAGCAGCAGCAGCUGUUCCCCAAAACACCUCUCUCAAUCCCAGAGGGAACUUUUGCAAACACAGCAAACGAAGAAAAAGAAGAAGAAGUGUCCAGGAAACUCGUGAUGGUGCAGAGGACAUCCUCCUGACAAACUAAAGAGUGUUCUUACGACGGGUGUGCCAUUUUGUGCUGUGAAUUUGUUGUGUGGUGAAAAGUCUCACACACCCACUCCCUGUGGGGCUGAAAAUUUUGUGUGGAAAUCAAUUUUUCUGGGUUUAGUGAAGUGAAAGAAAAAAUAAAUAAAACCUGAGAGAGAUAAACUACGUCGCAAAAUUCUCUAUGUGAGUGAACUCUCUUUCUCCUCAUCUGGUUGAAAGUGAGAAAAGACAAAUACUCGUGUUUUUGUGUGUGCAAAGAAGAUUAACAAGAGAAAAGGAAUUGAAUUUGGUGCGCGUGAAGAUGAUUAGAUUGAGGGACAUCGAGGAGAGGCAGGAAAAGGAAUCUCUGCCCGAGAAUCCGCUGAAGAGUUGGCGGGCAAAGUUUGACAACAAUUCCCUGACCACGGAGGAUUUUAUCACCUACUUCAACGCUGCCUGCCCAUUCUUCAUCAUUGUCAAUAAAGAGGAAGGGGAGACUGAAACGGUGACAUUUGAUGAGCAAAGUGCAAAAGGGGCCAUUUUGGAUGCACUCGAGGACUUCAUUUGCGGUGACAAUCCUCAAAAUGUGCUGGAUAAGCUGAAGUCAGAGAAUAACGUGGCAGCAGUGUGUGGGAGGGUCUUUAAGAUUGGCGAACCGACGUACUGCUGCCGGGAGUGCGGUAUGGAUCCCACGUGCGUUCUCUGUGUGAAUUGUUUCAAACAAUCAGCGCAUCGGCAUCACAAAUACAAGAUGGGCACCUCAAAUGGUGGCGGAUGCUGUGACUGUGGCGAUGCUGAGGCAUGGAAGAGGGACCCGUACUGUGAUCAACACAUUCAGGGGCUGACAAAUACCCAAAUUGAUAAUCCCGUCAUCACAGAAAGGAUAAAGAAUGCCUGUGGUAUGGUCUUCCAUGCUGUCCUCAGCUAUUGCACCACAUCCCUUGAGAUUGAUUGCAAUGGAACAAUGUCAGCUGUUGACGAGGAUGAAGACUUCUACUGCACAGUUCUCUACAACGAUGAAACUCACACGUACGAACAGGUUAUCCAGACAUUGACAAGGACUGUCGCAUGCCCACACAAGAAUGCCGUGGACUAUGUCACCAGUGUGGACAGAGAUGGGCGUGCAGUGGUAUUCUGUGGCUCCUUUGCUGAAUGUAUGCGCCUCAAGGGUGAGGUGGAGAAGCAAUCCGUACGGAAUAUAAUGCAUGCUAAGACACAACCACUGAGAGUGACGGUGCUGCACAAGAAGGGGUUGUCGUAUCAGCAAUUUGCAUUGCAACUCCUUGGAUGGUUGCAGCAAUUCCUCAUGCACUCUGCCUCCUUCAGGAAGGUUUUUUGUGAUAUAAUCACCAUGAAUACGGAUUACAACAUUAACCAUUUGCUGUCGAAUGAUUGCAAAUUGUGGAAGAUGGCACGUACGAGUUGGCACAAAGUUCUCAUUUCGGGCAUGUUGAUGGAGUAUGAGAAUAAGAAGAAGUUAGCUGUUGUCUUUACCAAGUUGUACGCAUCAGUGAUGCAGGAUUACAUUCGCGAUGAUCAUGAUCAUUCAUUCUCAAUUGUUUCACUGAGUGUGCAACUUUUUACGGUGCCAACCGUUGCCCACCACUUAAUUGCCCACGAGAGUGCAUUCUUCAUACUUAUGCAGACUUUCUAUGCGGAAAGUGUGGAGAAGUAUGUGCAGAAUAAGGUGCUACAGUUUGCCAAGACAACAAUAAAUCUCAAUGUUUUCAAGAGGGCCGCCUACAUUUUGUACGAUGUGCGGUACCUCCUCAAUAUUGCGCCCGAUGUGUGGACGGAUGAUUUGCGAAAGGGCUUCCUCCAUGGGAUGCAGAUACUCAUAAAACUCCUGAGGGUGAUGCAAGGAAUGGAUGCAGUGCAUCGACAGACGGGAUCACAUAUUGAGCAUGAACCAGAAUGGGAGUCAGCCUUUAAUUUGCACAUUAAAUUGGCAUACGUCAUAUCCUUGGCACUUGAUUGGUGUCGCACCGAUAAGGUUGUCCUUGUCAAGGUUUACAGGAUGGUCUUGGCCUCACUGUCUGAAUGCGAAUUUAUUGUGUCGCAAACAAUGACAAAGGUGCAAGAACUUGCGGAUCACAGUGUAACGUGCUUAAUGUACGAUGUAGCAUCACAACCUGUCUCAAUUCAUCUCCCCCUUUCACGCUUCUUUGCCGGAUUGUACUUACACUUGGAGAAAUUCGGUUUAUCUUACUACACUGUGUCUGCUCCCUCAUCUGGCCUAUCCCUUGUCCACUUGAUUGAACCCGUACUGUGUACACAGACAAUGAUUGCUCAAGUACACGCUGGCAUGUGGAGGCGCAAUGGGUACAGCCUCCUCAAUCAACUCUACUUCUAUCGGAAUGUUAAAUGUCGCUCAGAGAUGCUUGACAGGGACAUUGUUACCCUCCAAAUUGGGGCGUCGCUCAUUGAGCGCAAUGAAUUCCUCAUUCAUGUUAUAAAUAAAUUCAAUCUCAUGAGUUGGGUGUCACCGACCCCGUGGACAACACCUGAAGUGGAUUCCAGAAUUACGGAGGAGGAUAACAUCAGACAAACAAUAAAUAUGGUUGAUGAAUUCCUCGAGUUACUCAUCAUAAUAAUCGGGGAGCGCUACAUGCCGGGCAUUGGGCGUGUAACGGAAGAGGAUAGGCUGAAGAAGGAGAUCAUUCAGCAACUCUGCAUUAAGCCCUUUGCCCAUUCGGAGCUCAAUCGAACCCUUCCGGAUAUUCAGCAUGAAACUGGCAUGGAGAAUGUAAUAAAUGCCGUUGCAAUUUUCAAUAAACCCGCACAGGCGGAUAGGAAGGGGGUGUACGAGCUAAAGCCGGAAUUCUACGACAUGUACAACAUGUUCUUCUACCACUACAGCAAAGAGGAGAAGUCCAAGUCUGAGGAGGCACAGAGGAAGCGUAAGAAUGCCAAGAGGACGUGUUGUCUACCGCCAAAGCUACCAAAGCUCACGGAAGCUUUUUGCAUGAUUGCUGAUCUCCUGCAGUGUGAUGUGAUGUUACUGAUAAUGCAGACAGUCUUGGAGAAGUCGCUUGAUCUCAAGGAGCGAACCUUCUCAGAGGGACAUCUGCAAAAGGUUCUCUUCCUAAUUGGUUAUGGGCUACAAGAUGAGGAGAGUGGCAAUUAUCCGUUUUUGAUGUUCCACGAACGUGCCAUAAAGUGGAAUAUUUUGCAUUUGCUAACGGAAUUGGCAACAUGUCCGCGUGUUGAGGCACUUACGGAGCAUAUUCAGUGGACAGUGAAGAAAUUCAAGGAGAUUCAGGCACGUGGUGAGGAUAGUGGUGCUGGGAGUAGUACGAGUGUGGCAAUGGAACAGGAUGAUACAGCAAUGACGAGUGAUGAGCAGGAGGCGGCAGAGAAGCAGGAAAGGGCGAGAUUGGCGGCUGAGCAUCGUGCUAAGAUUAUGGCACAAAUGGCGAAUGCUCAGAAGAACUUUAUGACGGAGAAUGCGGCGCUAUUUGAGAGUACAAAGGUUGAGUAUGAGCGCGAGGAGACGCAGGAUUUCAUGGAGUGGGAGAAUGCGAAUGAGCAGAGUCAGUCAAUUGCGUGCUUGGGACCAAAUAGGAAGGUUCACAUGGAUGACGAUCAGGUGGUGUCGUGCAUACUGUGCUCGGAGGAUGUUAAUGUGAGCAAAGGUGGGCCGUGUAUGGUGUAUUCGGCCUAUGUGCAGAAAUCCACACUAAUCUAUGGGCCAGCAAGGAUUUAUCCGCAUGUGAGUAGCUGUGGGCAUGUAAUGCAUGCCAAUUGUUGGCUUGAAUACUUCAACAAUGAGGUACAAAAGGAGACCCGCAGACCGUAUCGAAAUCGCUCUCCGGCCAGCUUUGAUACGGACAAGAAGGAAUUCCUCUGUCCACUCUGUCGAUGCUUGAGCAACACUGUCAUCCCGCUGGCGAGCUCUCUUCCACUCUACUACAUUGGCACAACGACGCAUCAACAUGCAACGGAGCAUGUGGAUUUCUCCACAUGGUGCGACAUUAUGCGGAAAUUCAUUGAUGGUCUGGGGAGUGAAGAGGAGGAAAUGCUGAGUAUUGAUGCCAUCCUCGAGGAGUACAAUGAGCCAACGAGGGAGCUCUUUGUAGCAGCUUGUCCCCCACUUAAGCGACAAAUAGAUCGUGAUCUCAUUGGGCAUGUGAGUGAUUUUGUCACCACAAUGAAGGAUCUCAUUGGGCGCAAAAAGAUAAAUAAGCACGUUGAAAUGUGGCUGGCGUGUGUGUACACCAUUCAAUCGGUUGAGAUGCUCCUGCGGGCGCAGGGGAAACCCUUGAAGGGUCACCUCUCAAUACGACAGCUGAGUUGCCUGUGUGGUCUCAUCCGGAUGUGUGGUACAAUGGGAUUUGCAAUGAUGGAAAAGGAGAAACGUGAGCUUCUCGCUCUUUUCCCGCAAUACCAUGUCCUGUGCCCAGAGACAAAUUGCCUUCUGGACACAAAUCUCUUUCAAUCACUCGUUGUGACGGUCUUCAUGACCCCUUGUGUGAUGUAUGUGCAAAAGAGGAACCCAGAGGAUUUGCUGAAGAGUGAUUGUGUCAUUCCCACGGGGCAAAUGAUGGAAUUUUAUCUACUAAAACAGGCUUUUAUUCUCAAUAUUGCCAAAAUUCUCAUUACCUUCAAUCCAACGGUGGAAGUGGAGGAGGAUGCCGUGUUGGAGGAUGCACUACUCAAAGAAGUUCAUCAAAAGGCGGAGGAAAGGUAUAAAAAGGAACAAGAAGAAAAGGCAAAGGGAAAAAAUAAACCACAAGAAACAUUAUCCAUGGAAAGUCCUUCAUGCUCCACAAUAGUUUUCACGCAACCAAUUCAGAAUGUUACAACAAAGACAACAAGUAUGGAGGUCCAGGAGGAUCCUGAUGAUGUUCCAAUGGAGGCACAGACGGAGGAGAAAAAGGGCGGGAAGGAUAAUGGUUUGGUGACUAUGUUGGCCUUUUUCCGCCUCCACAAUAUCUACGUGGGCUCCACAGCACGUAGAAUAAUCACCCCGAGCCAAUUAAUUGAGGAGAUUAAGGAGAAAAGUUCGACAUUUCUGCGGUCAGCCACACUCCUAUUUCACUUCAUUACGGGCAUUGAGAUGCCGCAAGAGUUGGAGGAACUCGGUGGGGAUACAUUUGAGCUGAUGUGCGAGUACCUGGGCCUUGAUGCCAACAUUGAGUCCUACUUUGUGUGCAAGAAAUCCCUGGAAAUGAUGACGCGUGCCUCAUUGCAUCCAACCAUUGAGGCAAUGCGGAAAGGAGAAAUGGAGAAGAAAUCAACACCGACGUAUUUACCGGUGAAGGAACUUGUUGCCCUUCCGGAGGAUUACAGUGAUCUAAUUAAUAGUGUCUCCCUCUUCACGUGCCCCAAUAAUUCACGCGAUGACACCCGCAAUCCCACAAUGUGUCUCGUUUGCGGUGAAGUACUCUGCUCGCAGACGUACUGUUGCCAGAGUGAGAUUAACCGGAUGACAGUGGGGGCGUGUACGUACCACGCACACGUCUGUGGGGCAGGAAUUGUUCCACUUUUGCGGAUCCGGGAGUGUGAAGUGAUGCUGCUCAGUGUGAGUAAGGGUUGCUUCAUCUCCCCGCCAUAUCUCGAUGAGUACGGUGAGUACGAUGCGGGACUCAGGCGCGGGAAUCCUCUCCACCUGUGCCGGGAAAGGUAUGAGAAGUUGCGCAUUAUGUGGCUAAGUCAUGGGUUCUACGAGGAAAUUGCCCGCACGAUGGAGAUUACGAAUACAAUGCCACCCACACAGUGGGAGCUACUCUAGUUGAGGAAUCACAACACUUUUUUGCUUAAACUACCCGCUCCUCCCUCUCCCCUCUGGUCACCCCUUUAGCACGCGCUUCUCGAAAGAAAAAAAAAUUAAACUUAAAUAAGAAAAAUUAACGUAAAUGCGCCCCUCUCUCAAAUUAAGGAGAAAAAAUCGUCUUUUUUUUAAUUUAAUUUCAGUUCCAAAGUAGAGAGAGAGGAAGUCAAAUUCAAGUAAAUAUUAUUGUUUUUCUGUGUAAAAUAAAACAAGAAAUUUGAGGAAAUUUAUAAAGGCAAAAGUCUGAUAAAAAAAAUGUAUUAUAUUCGCGUUAUUUUCUUUUUUUUCUUUGUAUUUUAUUAAAUUGAGAAACUUCCUCGUAAAUGGUGAGAUUUUUUGAUGAUUAAGGAAGAGUGACGAUCGUGUGCAGCUAAGUCGAUGACGCUUCUGAAGAAUGAUUGAGUCUCCUUAUAUAUUUUUUUUCUUUAUUAAAAUAAUUAUUAAUAAUAUAAUUUGAUUUAUUUGAAAGAAGAAGAAAAACAAAGAGAAAUUAUUAUAGUUGAUUUUUUCCGGUUUGAUAUUUUGUGAGAUAUAUUUGAGGAAGAGAAAAAGAAAUAAAGAAGAUUUAUGAAGCAAA